AUUUGUGUUGUUAGUUGUUAUGGUUGACGUUGUCACACAUGUAAAAAAAACAAGUAAAUAAAUGUUAGCUAUCCAAAGGAGCCGCGACAUCUACCGUCUAAUUGCUGUAAACUACGUGACAGCAUUGACAGUCGGCAAACAAACAAGCAUGCUACAGAAUGGCAUUCAAAUCGAUGCAAAGUUUUUGAUUCAUUGUUUUUGUUCUGAGCUGUUGAUAUAAAUCAUGUUGAUGAUUCGACGAAGUUAUUUAACGUCGAGGUUGCCAAAGUUGAAGCUGCCUUUGGAUGAUAACACUUCAAUUGGGAAAUUCUUACGACAAACAAAACGAUCGUGCCCACGACGUAAUCAGAUCUUGGGUGAGGAAUUUUGCCGAUUUGCCAUUCGAUUGAAGGUGUACACAACGGCCGAUAACCAUGAACGGAGUGACAAAAAACGAUUGCAUGAAAUGUGCCAAGAAGUAGCGACUAAGUUGGAUUUGAUUGAUCCGCAGCCCAAUGAAUCCAGUCACAUUAAAUUACCAUCGACCGGACAAUUUUUAACAGAAAGCAUCAGCAGAUCGCUAGGCAAAUGGAAGCAAAAUGCACAUCAAGAAAUUUGGAGUUUAUACAAAAACACACCCCAAAGCAGUGAUGACUUCAUAGUCGAAAGGGUGAGAGGGAUAAAUUAUUCGUUGAUUGGAUGGUAUUUGCAAACGUAUGGCAUGCAAAAUGCUCUGGCUUUCAUCGAUUGGUUGGGUGUACCGCUGAUUUCUGACACUGGAACAUAUUGUUGGCCACAGCCAAAAUCGCCGUUACUCGUUGAGAACAGUGUCGAAACACAGCGCAGAUUGAAUGAAAUUCUUGAUGGAUAUGAUGCAAUUGAGAAGAAACUUCAAUAUAAAUUCCAGGACAAAGCGUAUUUAUUGCAAUCAGUUAGUCAUGAAUCAUUUACGACGAAUGAAUUAACGCCAAACUAUGUUGGAUUAGAUUUUGUUGGCGAUGCCAUCACAAACUAUGCCAUUACUCGACAUCUCUUCCGUCAAUUGCAAUUCCUUGACGCAACCGAUUUGGAAAAUGCCUGCCAGUUGCUGUAUUCAAACAGUUGUUUUGCCACGGUUUCCGUUCGAAAUGAAUUUCACAAAUUUUUGAGAUAUACCCACCCGGAGAUACGCAACAACAUCAACAGUUUUGUUGCUUUUCUGCGAGCAAAUCGAUUCAAACCGGUGAAUGAUUUACAUUUUCUCGACAGAAAAAAUUUCAUAUUUGAGGUGCCACCCAUAAUUCCAGGCAGCUUUGAGGCACUCAUCGCUGCUGUUUAUUUUGACUCAAAUAUGGAUAUAAAUGUUGUAUCAAAUACACUUUUAAACUUGAUGCAGUGGGACUUGAAGGUGAUUUGCGGAACAAAGCCCAAAACAGCAUAUGUUGAACUAGAACAAUUGGAUCCAACGGCUACAUUCAGCAAACCAAUCACAAUGGGACCGGGAAAAGUUCAAGUAACUGUCACUCUGCCAAAGUACCAAAACAAACGCUUCAACGCCGUGUCCAGGGAUCCUCAACUGGCCAAAUGGGGUGCGGCCAAAACAGCUGUGAUUCAACUUAAAAAACAAUCAAACGUCUUUAUACCAGUCACACAUAACGAGUUGUAUCAACACUUCAAAAAUAAGCAACAAAUUGGAAUCAAAUACAAUAAAGUAGAAUAAACUGAUGAAAAUAAAUAUUAAAAUAGUAUAAAAAUCCAAA